CGUGCCCUUCCAGAAUGGAGCUGGAAGCCUCGAUGGAGCAGUCCGUUCAGACGCGCAUCUUCAAGAUCAUCGUCAUUGGUGACUCCAACGUGGGCAAGACCUGCCUGACUGUGCGCUUCUGCGGGGGAGCCUUCCCGGCAAACACCGAAGCCACCAUCGGCGUGGACUUCAGGGAGAAGGCGGUGGAGAUUGAGGGAGAGCACAUCAAGGUACAGCAGGAAGAAAAGCAGGGAGGGAAGAGGGAGAGAGCGGGGGAGCCGGGCCUGGUGCACACAGCCUUUUCUGGGAGCCGGGUAUCCUUCCAGGUGGCUUCGUCUGUUGUUAUCGGGAUGUUUUUUUUAAGCAACCAUAAUUGAGGAUGCUUCUUCUGAAAGCUCCGCUCGUCUUCUAUUGCUGCCAUGUCUGAAAGGAUGUAGGGCGCCCCAUGGAGGUGAGGAGAGCUGGGGAGCAAAAAAUCGAUGGACUCCCAGAGAAGCAGGCUAUAGAACCCUGUUUGGUCUUGGGAGAGUAACGGGAAACCAGUAUAAGACAGGCUUGGGUAGAGGAGGAGCAACAGUAGGCAAGCCACCCUGAACUACAAGCUUCUUAAGGCACAGUGUGUAAGAUGUAUCUAUUUUGUCUAAUCCGAAUCCUGGUGCUGUUCUCCUCACCACCAUCUUAAUAUGCUCACAAAAACCCUAUUGGGUGGGAAAUGAUGAGGGAGGGAGAGACAGCAAAACGGGGACUGGCCCAGUAAACUUAAUGGCUAAGUAAGGAUUUGAAGGGCCGUAAAUCUGUGGUAGAGCUCCUGCUUUGCAUGCAGAAGGUCCCAGGUUCAAUCCUUGAUAAAGCUGGAAGAAAGAACCCUGCCUGCAACCCUGGAUAGGCUCUGCUAUUCAGUAUAGACAGACCAAUGGCUGACUGUGUUGCAUGUAUAUUCUCCCUAACUACUUACAUCAUUCUGGCUCUAGGUUCUUCUGAAGGUUGGGGUAUUAAUUUCACAGUGGCUAAUUUCUAAAAUUACAAGUGUUUUAGGGCUCCACAGUGUCUGGAAGUCAAGUGUGGUGGAAGCAUUCCCCGUCCCUCACCCCCAACUUGGCAACUCCCGAUUGCUAAAGCUGGUUGUGAUGCCCUAUAGUGGCAAGAGAAAGAGGGCCAGGGCAUAGUGCUCACUGCAUUUACAUCACUUCAUUACUCAACUACUUGAUGACUUGCAUCUGUGAACUGACACCCUCCUCCCCUGUUAUGCCUGAUAUGAAAGUUCUGGCUUCAGUGCUGGAAUCUGUGAUGGCCUGUUCCUACCGGCAGUUCACUACCAUGUCCAUAAUCAAUUGGCAUGCAUGAAUGAACCAGCAUCCAUAACUGUACUGUGCUCAGAUUCUCUGUUCUUUAUGGCUACUUCACAUGUUUCAGUAAGCAAACACCUCCUUCCCAGUAGAAUGGACAAGGUGUGGGGGAGAUACACUGGUGGAAAAGAGAGGUAUGAACAGGGCCAAGAUUUCAGUGCAUUCUCACAGUCACAUCACAGCCCAGAAACUGUACUCAGUCCUGGUGCUUCUGUUAUGCAGACUUCUAUUGAGAUCUCUGUGUGAUUGCACAAGGACUACCUAUACUGUGGGAUUCUGAAGCUGUUAUUAACUCUGGAUGUUUUAGUUUUGGAUCACUUUUGCACACCAGGAAUUAAGGACUGGAUAUAUAUGUGCUGGUUCAGUCAUCUCUGCUACAUCCUUGCAAUGUUAGGCCAAUCGAGAGCACACAUAUUGACAGUGGGGAUGAGAGAAGAAAGAAAUAAAAUCCAGACUAUUUAGAUAUCAUAAAUAGGCAUCUGCAGAAGUGUUCAGAUUGCUCAGUUACAGUAAAUUCCAGGGCAAAGUAUACAUUACAUACUAAUGCCAUACUCAGUUUAAGAAGGAUAUUGACAAGCUGGAAUGUAUGCAGAGGGCAACCAAGAGGAUCAAGGGUUGGAAACCAAGCCUUAUGAGGAAUGGUUGUAGGAGUUUGGUAUGUUUAGGGUCCCUUCCAACUCUACAGUUAUAUGCUUCUAUGAGUCAUAGACCUUUAAAGAGCAAAAACUCAUAUAGGAGAUUGCCUAUACUAACUUUUCUCUUUUUUUCCUCUUUUUUCCCAGUAAAUUUUUUAUUAUUUUCCUUAUUCAUACUUUAACAAUACAAUACAGUAAAUCACAUAAUUGCUUUAGCUCUGCCAAGCUCACAACUUCCCAUCUGCUGAAGGGAUACUUCAGCGAGUAUCCCUUAUUUUCUUAUAUUGCAUAUUCUAUUUAUUUAAUCUUAUAUCUGCCAUACAUUGUAAGAGCUAUUUCAAUCCUCCCAGUGUUUUUAAAGUUUUACAAUCGUCUUUUAUAUACCGUACACCAUAAAUUUACUCCAACUUUCUUGAAACCUCUGGUCGUCCUAGUUCCACAUUCUUCCCGUCAGUUUGGCUAACUGCAUAACUCAUCAUUUUCGUCUGCCACUCCACAACGGUAGGGACUUCUUGCACUUUCCGAUUUGGGGCAAUCAUAUUUCUUGCUGCAGCUGUGGUGUACAUAAAGAAUCUUUGGUCUACUUUCUUAAUUUCUUUCCCCAUCAAACCCAACAAAAAGGCUUCUGGUUUUUUGGGGAAAGUGUACUUAAAAUUUUUCUUAAGUUCAUUAUAAAAUAGCUUCCAAAAGUUCUUAACUUUAUCACAAGUCCACCACAUAUGAUAGAAAUCUCCAUCCACCUCUUUGCACUUCCAACAUUUUUUAUCCUUCAUCCUCUACAUUUUUGCCAGCUUUACCGCUGUUAAAUGCCAUCUAUAGAUCAUUUUUAUUAGGUUUUCUUUUAAAGCCGUACAUGCCAUAAAUUUCAUAUUUACCUUCCACAACUCAUACCAUGCAUCCAAUUCAAUAUUAUGCUCAAAAUCUAUAGCCCAUUUUAUCAUUGCUUCUUUCAUUUCCUCAUCUUUUGUAAACCAUUCUAAUAACAAAGCAUACAUUUUGGAUAAUGUUUUACCUCUGCCUUCUGUUAAGUCUAUUUGAAAUCUUGAUUUUUUUGUCUUCAAACCCAGCUUUCUUUUUGUCAUCCUUCAGCAUAUCAUUAAGCUGAUGGUAUUGCAACCAACCUGUAAGCAUACCUUCUCUUUGAUCAUAUGGCUUAAGUUUUAUCCCUUGUUCCAUUUUUCUAGUAAUUUUUCUAGUAAUUUCUUCUUUCCCUCCAUGUUAACUUUCUUGAUGGUCAACACUUCUAUUGGCGAUAUCCACCAUGGGGUUUUCCUUUCCAAUAAUUUUUCUUUCCCACACCUUAUCAUAUGGUUUAAAAAACCUUUAUGGACCUUUACUUUAUCAUAACACAGGUACGAGUGCCACCCGUACCUGUUAUCAUGCCCUUAUAAAUCCAAAAGGUCUGUGUUUUCCAGUGUUAUCCAUUCUUUCAGCCAUAUGAGACAGGACGCUUCAUAAUAGAGAUUCAUGUCUAGUAGGGCAAAUCUGCCUCUUUCUUUUUUAUCUAUCAAAAUUUUCAUUUUAAUCCUCGGCUUCUUUCCCUGCCAGACAAAUCUCGACGGUCUUUUUUGCCACUCUCUACAUUGUCCUGUCCCCUUAAUCACUGGAAUUGUUUGGAACAAGAAUAACAUUCUAGGUAAAACAUUCAUCUUAAUCGCUGAUAUUCUGCCUAGGAAAGAGAGUUUCAGCCUAUCCCAAAUUUCUAGAUCUUUCUUAAUCUCUCUCCAUGUAGUUUUAUAAUUAUCUUUAUACAAAUUUAUAUUUACUGUUGUCAGCCAUAUUCCGAGGUAUUUCACUUUCUUAGCCACCAUGAUUCCUGUCUCCUGUUGCAAUUCCUCUGUCUCUUCUUUGUUCAUGUUUUUAACUAACAUUAUUGGUCUUUUCUGAAAGGUAUUGAAGCCAUAUAUCUAUAACAAAAAGCCAAACUUAUUAUAAAUAAUAAUUUGGCAGACACUUUCGAAAUUUCCAAGGGGACCAGACAGGGGUGUCCCCUGUCACCGUUGCUGUUUAUUACGGUUUUGGAAGUUCUAAAUAAGAAUUUGAGAGAAACAUCAGAAAUUAGAGGGGUUAAGGUGGGAGUAAAAGAGUUUAAAAUAAAAGUGUUUGCUGACAAUCUAGUUUUAACAUUAGAAGAUCCAAAGAAAAAUGUACAAGAAGCCCUGCAGAAAAUAGAGGAAUUUGGCAAAGUGGCGGGGUUUAAACUUAAUAUACUAACCUUUCUCAACUUGGUGCUCUCUAGGUGGCUUGGAUUACAGUUAACAUCAUCCCUUACCACUGGUCAUGCUGGCUGGGACUGAUGAGAGUUAUAGUCCAAAAAUCUGGAGGGCACCAGGCUGGGAAAGGCUGGACUACAUGGACAACCAAUAGGGUUUUGACAUGGAUCUUUCCCAACCCUACCUGAAGAUGCCAGGGCUUGGACUUGGACCUUUUGCAUGGAAAACAUAUGUUCCAUAACUGAGCUACAGCCCCUUCCGAAAGAGCAGGUGCUCUUGGGAUUCAACCCCACACUGCAAACUCUACAGAGCAAUUUCAUAAGCAUUCAGCCACAGCAUCUGACCUGUCCACCACUCUCAUGUCCACUUUUUUCCUUUUUCUCUCCACAGUUCCCAAGCGCAGUUCAGAACAGUAGGGAAUUCUGAUCAGGAGAGGGAGUUUAGUGUAGUUGCAGUUAUCUUUACCUAAGGUUAGGGAUGCGGGUGGAGCUGUGGGUUAAACCACAGAGCCUAGGGUUUGCCGAUAAGAAGGUUGGCGGUUCGAAUCCCCGCAACUGGGUGAGCUCCCGUUGUUCAUUCCCUUCUCCUGCCAACCUAGCAGUUUGAAAGCACGAAGUGCAAGUAGAUAUAUAGGUACCGUUCCAGCCGGAAGGUAAACGGUGUUUCCGUGCGCUGCUCUGGUUCGCCAGAAGUGGCUUAGUCAUGCUGGCCACAUGACCCGGAAGCUGUACGCUGGCUCCCUCGGCCAGUAAAGCAAGAUAAGCGCAGCAACCCCAGAGUCAUCCAUGACUGGACCUAACGGUCAGGGGUCCCUUUACCUUUACUUUACUUAAGGUUAACAAGCUGCUGCAGUCAACAUUUUUCCCUGUCCUGCUCAACUGUCAAAGGUAAAAGAGCUCUGCCUUCCCUUGCAUCUGAUAGCUCAUUUUCUUUGUUUCUCCUUUUUAAAGAAAACUGCAGAUACCCCAGUGGUCAGGAUGCCAUGCAGUUGUGGGUUCUGACCCGGAGUGCCCCAAUAGAUGUAAUGUUUAAAAACGUCUUUCUUUCUUUUUAAUGCUUUAAAAAAGGGAGGUUGACAAUGGAGAGCUGGCAGGAAACAUUUUGCUUGACCCUUUCCUCACUGCAAUUUCUUAACUGCAAACCUCUCCCCCCACAGCAGCUUUUUCCUACCACACAGGGUUGUAAACGCACAUGUUACCCUCUGUAUGGCAAUCUUGCAUCCUCUCCCAACCACAUGAAUAUGUUCUCUAAAAAAUAACCCCAUAUAAUGUGAGUGUGUGGGUACACGCAGUCAAAAUGACUGUUGCUCUCAUUCCCCAUAGCUAAGGGAUGGUUUGGCGUAAUGUUAAGUCUGAACUCUGAGGCUUGGGGUUUGUCUCACUUCAAACAAACCAAAUCAAACAAAUCCUGCUUGGCAGGGGGUUGGACUCGAUGGCCCUUGUGGUCUCUUCCAACUCUAUGAUUCUAUGAACUGUAGCCAAGGUUUGCUUUUGGAUUACUGCUCAUGCCUUAUCUGCAGGAGGCAAACCAUAAUGCUAAGCCAGAGCAUGCCUUAGUUCCAGUACUAGCAUGGGAGCAGGAUGACCCUGGGAGGAAGUGAAGCAGCCACUAUUCUUUUUUACUGUGAGAAUCCACACACUAGUGCAUUCAUGCUUAGCUGUGAUUUUGGCUUAGUGCUGUGGGCAAACUGCACCAGGCUGUGGAAAAAUCACUUCAAAUAUAAAGCCAUCACAGCCUCAUGCAUGUUCACUUCAUCAGAUCGGGCCCUCUUUGAAAAAAGUUUGGGCACCCCUGUCUUAAGCAGUGCAGUGUAUUCCUAUUGCCUCAUGAAUACAGACCCAGUUUCCUUGAAGCUCCUCUGCCUCCAGGCCCUCAGAAAACCUUCUGAGGACAAAGAUCGGCCAUUUGGCCUUGUUUUGCUUCAAGACCAGAUUACAAAGGUUAACAAGUGGAAGAGAUUGCUGGUUGUGGGAAAAUAUUAGGUGAAGGGAGAUCAAUUCAUGUUUACUCAACUAAGAAAGGUAUGGGCUAGAAAGGUGUGGGCUAGGAAGUAGGCCCAUGUCUUCUUGUUAAUCUCUCCUUGUCUCAGCUGGGGAGAAGGCUGAGCCUACCUAUGAAAUGGGUCAUAUUAGGGAAUAAUAACUCUUAUAAUUGUAGAAAAAAACUUUAAUUGACUUUGAUUUUAUUGAAUUCAUAAUCUUUUAGGGCUUCUAUAUUUGACUUUUAUUGAAUAUACCCCUUCAGCAUAUUUUUCUUGUGAAGCAGCUUAUAAAUCCACAUAUAUUUUAAACUAGGUCACAACCAAUACAGUGGUACCUCUGGUUAAGUACUUAAUUUUUUCCGGAGGUCUGUUCUUAACCUGAAACUGUUCUUAACCUGAAGCACCACUUUAACUAAUGGGGCCUCCUGCUGCCGCCGCGCCGCCAGGGCACGAUUUCUGUUCUUAUCCUGAAGCAAAGUUCUUAACCUGAAGCACUAUUUCUGGGUUAACGGAGUCUGUAACCUGAAGCGUAUUUAACCUGAAGUGUAUGUAACCCGAGGUACCACUCUACACACUUUUACCACUUUAAAAGUUAGAGCUUCUCCCAAAAAAUCCUGAGAACAGUAGUUUACCCCUACAGAGCUACAAUUUCCAGUACUGCAGGCAAACUACAGUUCCCAGCAUUCAUUAGGGGAAAGCCAUGUGCUUUAAAGGGUGUGGAUAUGACCUUAGAUAAUGUGGUGGCCUAAGUGUGUAAGACUAGGGUCCAGUUUCAAAUCGUUAAUCAGCCACAAAGCUCAGAAGAUGAAUUGGGAGAAAUCUCAGCCAUACUAAGGUUAUAUAAAAUAAAAGAGGGAGGAAGAACCAUGUGGGACACUCUGGGCUUCCUGAAGGAAAAGCUGGAUAUAAAUGGAGGCUGAACAUUUUCUGUGAGCUGUUAAAAGAUUCUAGCAUUUCCUUCAGAGCUCAUUUGCCCUGGUUCCUGUCUUGGGUGAGUACAUGCGCGUGUGCACACACACAUACACAUAGUGGCUGGGUCUGUGAGCUUCCUUGUUAGUUUUCCCACAGUGCCACUGGCAUUGCUUGGCUCCAUGCCAUUAUACAAAAUAAAAAGACGACAGUACAGCACGGGCAUUGUGGGAAUUUGUUUCAGUGGCAACUUGUAGCUGCCUGCUGCCUCAGAUGGGUGAGCCCAGAGCCUGCCAAAAGCACUUUGCUGAGGGCCUUCAUAUGAGCAUAGAUAGCUGCCCUAUACUCAGUCAGACCAUUGGUCCUUCCAGUUCAAUAUUAUCAACAAAGACUGGGAGCAACUCUUGAGGAUUUAGGCAGGAGACAUUCCAAGCUCCACCUGUAAUUGAACUACAGGCAAAGCAGGUGCUCAUACCUUGAUCUUUGGAUCUUCCUCCAUGUCGACCCUUAAUGCUGGAGCUGAUCCUGCAUGAAUGUACUCUCUACCUGGUUUGUAGACUCUUCAGAAAUUCUGUUCUGUUCCACAGGUGCAGGUCUGGGACACAGCAGGCCAGGAAAGGUUCCGGAAGAGCAUGGUGGAGCACUACUACCGCAAUGUGCAUGCUGUUGUAUUCGUCUAUGAUGUCACCAAGAUGGCUUCCUUCAUCAAUCUUAAGACCUGGAUUGAGGAGUGCAAUGGCCAUGCAGUCCCUGCCCUUGUCCCUAAAGUGCUUGUGGGAAACAAGUGUGACUUGCGGGACCAGAUCCAGGUGCCAUCCAGCAUGGCCCUGAAGUUUGCUGAUGCACAUAAUAUGCUUUUGUUUGAAACCUCAGCCAAGGACCCCAAAGAAAGUCAGAAUGUGGAAUCUAUUUUCAUGUGUCUGGCUUGCCGGCUGAAGGCCCAGAAGUCUCUACUUUAUCGGGAUAUGGAGAGGCAGCAGGGGAAGGCAUCGAGAAUGACGCUUAAUGCAGACGGGAGCAGCAAAAACCCCUGUCCCUGCUGAACUGUUGAGGUUGCAAUUCCUGACCAUUUAAUGGGUAUGUGUGUGACUGUGAGUGAGAAGGGCAGAUGGUUUUGUCCCUCGAUGAACUGAAACAAGACC